AUUAAUCGAACAGUCUAUUUUGUAGAGUGCACAUGAUUGAUUUGCUUGACUUGGGUGGUUGCCAAGUCUAGAGUUGACCACAACACAACCACAAACUUGGAGUUGAAGUAUCUCCUUGUUAUCUACAACACAACACAACACAACCACAUUCUGGCAACUAUACACAAACUUUUACAUCCCAAACUAUCCUUACCUUGUUGAUAUUGACAUGGCAGAAUCAUUUGUGUUUGAUAUCACUGAUUCACUCUUAGGGAAACUUGCUUCAUAUGUUUAUGAAGAAGCUUCUCGUGCCUAUGGUGUGUCUAAAGAUCUACAACGGAUCAAAGAUACUCUGUCAAUUGUCAGAGGUUUGUUGUUGGAUGCUGAGCACAAGAAGAACCAACAACAUGCCUUGCGUGAAUGGCUAAAGCAGAUUCAAAACAUCUGCUAUGAUGCAGAAGAUGUAUUGGAUGAAUUUGAGUUACAACACAAGAAAAAACAAGUUCUGGAAGCUUCUGGCAGCACUAUGGUAAAGGUAAGUCACUUGUUUUCUUCCUCUAGUCCACUAGCUUUCCGUUUUAAGAUGGCACAUCAACUCAAAAAGCUCAAAAAUAGAUUAAAUAAGGUAGCAGCUGAUGGAACUGGAUUUGGACUUGUGAGAAUACAUGAUGAGCCAAGACUUGCUGUGCAAAGAAGAGAAUUGACUCAUUCCCAUGUUGAUGCUUCAAGUCUCAUAGGGAGGGAGAACGAAAAGGAAUCAAUUAUAAAGCUUUUGAUGGAAUCCAAUCCUCGGGGUCUUGGUACGAAAAGUAUGUCUGUUAUUCCCAUUGUGGGAAUCGGAGGAUUGGGGAAAACCACACUUGCAAAAUUGGUAUUCAACGAUAAGAAGAUAGAUGAAGUUUUCCAAUUGAAGAUAUGGGUGUGCGUCCCUGAUGAUUUUGAUAUUAGGAAGAUAAUUAUCAAAAUUAUCAACUCAGCUUUUUCUUCAACUUCAGCUCCACCAAGUGUUGCUUUUGCUCACCAAGAAGACAUUAACCACUUUGACAUUGAGCAGCUACAAAUUUGUCUAAGACAUAAACUUUAUGGUCAAAAGUUUAUCCUCGUACUAGAUGAUAUAUGGAAUGAUGAUCGUGCAAAAUGGAUUGAGUUGACAGAUUUGAUCAAUGUUGGUGCAGCAGAAAGUAAAAUCAUAGUGACGACACGUAGCAACUCAAUUGCUUCAAUGAUGGGCACUGUUUCCCCAUAUGUUUUGGAAGGUCUUUCUCUGGAUAAUUGUUUGUCUUUGUUUGUGAAAUGGGCAUUUAAGGAUGGAGAUGAAGAAAAAUAUUCAAAUCUAGUUGAGAUCGGAAAAGAAAUUGUGAAAAAAUGUGCAGGAGUUCCGUUGGCUGUCAGAACAUUAGGAAGUUCUUUGUUCUCAAAAUAUGAUUUAAAUAAGUGGAUAUUCGUAAGAGACCAUGAGAUAUGGAAGUUAGAACAGAAGAAAGAUGACAUUUUACCUGCAUUAAAAUUAAGUUACGAUGAAAUGCCAUCCUAUUUGAGACAAUGUUUUGCUUAUUUUUCCUUGUUUCCCAAAAAUGAUGCCAUUAUUGUCAUAAAUAUUACUACUUUGUGGAUAGCCCUUGGAUUAGUUGAAUCCACGAAUGAAAGUGAAGAACUAGAGCAUAUUGCUAGAGAAUAUAUACAUGAGUUACAUUCAAGAUCCUUUCUUCAGGAUUUCACGGACAAGGGGGACCUUAGCUUUUUCAAAAUGCAUGAUUUGAUACAUGAUCUUGCAUUGUAUGUUGCGAAAGAGAAGUUUGUAAUUGUAGACUCAAAUAAUCGGAAUAUGUCUGAACAAGCAAGACAUUUAUCGAUAAUUGAAAAUGAUUCUCUUGACCGUGUUUUGUUCUCCAAGUCCAAAAGUGUAAGAACUAUUUUAUUUCCAGUUAAAGGGGUUGGCCUUGACAAUGAAUCAUUGUUGGAUCUAUGGAUAUCAAGAUAUAAAUACUUGCGAUUUUUAGAUUUGACUGAUUCUUCAUUUGACACUCUGCCUAACUCAAUUGGUGAAUUGAAACACCUGCGUGGUCUUGGUCUAUCUAAUAACAAUAAACUCAAAAGACUUCCUCAUUCUAUUUUCAAACUCCAUAAUUUGCAAUUCUUGUACCUCGAUGGAUGCACAGAGCUCGAAACUUUGCCAAGAGGAUUAGGAAAGAUGACUAACCUUCGACUGUUGAGUAUAACAACCAAACAAUCAGUUUUGACAUUGACUGAAUUUGUAAACUUGAACCAUCUUAAGUGUUUGGUAUUUCAAUAUUGUAAAAAUAUGAAGUUUGUAUUCAGUGGGGAACAACAGCUCACUUCCAUUGAAACACUGUGUUUGUAUUCAUGUGGGAGCCUAGAAUCCUUACCUCUCCAUAUUUUUCCGAAAUUACAGUCUCUAGUAAUUGCAGACUGCAAGAUGUUAAACUUGUCGUUGAACAACGAAAGCCCAGUCAAAAAAUUGAUGAUGAAACAUUUGUUUGUUAACGAUAUUCCAGGGCUUUUGACAUUGCCUGGAUGGAUAUGUGCAGCAGAAAAUUUAGAGACCUUGACAAUUUAUGACCUUUCUAAUCUUCAAACUUUUCCCGAGUGUCUGACAACAAUGACUCAUCUUAAAAGGCUCGUCAUUAGGGGUUGUCCUCAACUAUUGAGCCUUCCUAGUGGCAUACAUCAUCUCACCGCCCUUGAAGAAUUGUACAUAGAUGGCUGUCCUGAAUUGUGCAGAAAAUGUCAGCCACAAUCUGGUGAGUACUGGCCCAUGAUUGCUCACAUCAAAAGAGUGAUCAUUGAGGACGAGAAUUAUGUUGAGCUACUGGAACUCUUAAUCAGCUUUGAGAGACUUACCAAUUCUGUUAUUUAGAACAUGUUUGGGAGCCUAUAUGGUUGGUAAUCGAUAUCGUGUUCAUGUUUGGAUCAAACUUAGGUAUAGUACCUACCAUAGGGACUGUGCAUACUGUGCUUUGUUAAUUAUACAUACUGUGCACACUCAGUGAUAACAUGGUCAAGCAAUGAAAAUAGAGGGAGGAGAAUCACCAUUGGACCUUUGGAACUAGUGCUUAUCUAUAGAAAGCUUGGAGCUUGAAAUAUCAACCAAAAAAUUAUGAAGCCUGAGAUCAGCCUCAAAGGCAACUCGAUCUGGAACAAUUCUGAGACUAGAAAGCCACAUUUAACUUCAUUUCAAUUCUAUUUGAAGAGAUACUUCACUUGACCAGUUGAUUCCAUUUAUUAAAUCAUUGAUAAGUUGCUGAUGGAGUUUUAAGCCUGUUGCCAUAUAGCAUGCAAAAUAUAAAUGAACCAUUUUCGAUAGUAA